CAAACGACAAGAGACAAAAGUCAGAAAAACAAACGACAAGAGAGAAAAGUCAGAAAAACAAACGACAAGAGACAAAAGUCAGAAAAACAAACGACAAGAGAAAAAGAAAAGUCAGAAAAACAAACGACAAGAGAGAAAAGUCAGAAAAACAAACGACAAGAGACAGAAAAACAAACGAGAGACAAACGGAAAAACAAACGACAAGAGAGAAAAGUCAGAAAAACAAACGACGAGAGACAAAAAAAAACAAACGACGAGAGACAAAAGUCAGAAAAACAAACGACAAGAGAGAAAAGUCAGAAAAACAAACGACAAGAGACAAAAGUCAGAAAAACAAACGACAAGAGACAAAAGUCAGAAAAACAAACGACAAGAGACAAAAGUCCAGAUCUUGAUGAGAUAAAAGUUAAACACAGUUGA